AUGCUCCCCCCAUCGCCCGGGCAGAGCACCGUCGACGGGGACCCCCUCCUUCGGAGUACACUCUCCUCCUUUGGGAUCGACUUCACCGAGAGUGGCCGGGGGUCGAGCGAUGAUGACGAUGGCCAGCCCGGCGCCGCUGGCCCCGCCGGUCCCCGGCCUCGGGCAUCGCUCGCCACGCCUGUCAUUCCCCGGACGCCGCGCAGCCCCGGCACCCCGGGCACGCCGGACCGGGUGCUGGUUUUCGAUCGGCGCGGCUCGGUAGCCCCGAUUGAGGAUCUUGAUGCGCCGGAUGUCAGAUCGCCGGCGCUGCAAACGGCCAGCCCGGCCGCCGGUCCGGCGAUCGAACCCACCCCACCCGGGGCCCCCCCUCCACCGCCGGGCCGCCCCCCGCCGCUGACCUCCUCCCUGUCCCAGGUAGCGGCCGGCUCGACUCCGACGCCCCCCUCGCCGGGGUACAGCCAUGACCGGAGCCCAGAGCUGUUGGAUGUCGAUGAGUCCUGGCUGCCGACGCCCGGGACGCGGGUGGCACACGCCUCCAGCUUCGGGCUGUGUCAUGGUCCGAUUGCAGGGACGCUGGACGAUCCGGACCCCGCAUUGGUCGGGUCGCUUGAAGUCGGCAGCAGCUGGGGGGCUGUUGCCGGGGCCGGGGCCGGGGCCGGGGCCGGGGCCGGGGCCGGGACAUCACCCGUGGGCACCAUGGGGGAGCCACCGGCCGACCCAUCGCCCGGGGCCGGCUCCGGCUCCGGCUCCGGCUCCGGCUCCGGCUCCGGCUCGCUGCUGCUCGGAGGUUGCCCCAAAGCCGCCGAGUGCGUCUCGUCCAGUUCCGGCGACGACGCCCUCGCGGGAUCUGCCCCGGCGGCCGGGGUCUUCGCCUGGCGCCUGGACUCGCGCAUGCUCCUGGCCCUCGGGCUCGGGCAGAUGCUGUCGCUGCUGAUCACCGGCACCGGGGUCACCAGCCAGCUGCUGGCCAGCCGCUUUCAGGUGAAUAUGCCCACCGCGCAGAGCACCCUCAACUAUCUGCUGCUCUUUUUGCUGUACUGCCCGCUGCUGUGCCUGGCCUUGCGGCGGCGAAUGGCGGCGGCCAUGAUGCGGGCCGGCCCCGCCGACAAGGGCCACACCGACUGCCACAUGGACGAUGGCUCGCCCGAGGCAGGCGUGGUCCCCUCCACCGGGCGCCUUCUGUGGGAGGAGGCCCGCCGGGUGCUGGCCCCCCGCCGGGCCUGGCCCUUCCUGCUGGCGGCCGUCAUCGAUGUCGAAGCCAACUUCCUGGUGGUGUCGGCCUACCAGUACACCACCAUCGCCUCGAUCACCCUGAUCGACUGUGUCAGCAUCCCCUCGGCGGUGCUGUGGUCGCGGGCCUUCCUGGGCACGCGCUUCCGGUGGUUGCACCUGCUGGCCAUCGGGGUUUGUCUGGCCGGGCUGCUGGCCCUGGCUGCGUCGGAAUUCCUGUCGGCCGGAUCGGCCGCCCGGACCCUGGCCGGGGCCUUGGUCACCUUCGGUGCUGGGUCCUCCUCGGCCGGGGCAUCCUCCUCGGCCGGGGGGGAGCCCUCCCUGCAGGACAAGCUCAUCGGCAACUUCAUGUGCCUGGCCGGGGCCUUCCUCUAUGGCCUGUCGAAUGUCAUUCAGGAGCGCCUGGUGUGCGGCGACCCGCAACUGGCCCAGCAGCCCGGCCCGGAUGUCCCGCCACAGCUGGACAUCAAUGGGGACAAUGUGGAUGGCCUGUCCCCGGGAGCAGGCUGCCCGGGCCAAGUGCAGGACGAGAACUCCCUGCUACUGGAUGCCGGGGCUUCGCCGCCGCAGGGCGCCAGGUCGGCCCCUCUGGCCAGCCUCCCGACCCCGGAGCAACAGGCCGCCGAUGCUGCCAUCCGGCGGUACACCUUCCUGACGCUGCUGGGCCUGUUCGGCACCCUGGUCAGUCUCAUCCAACUGUUUGCCCUGGAGCGCGAUGAACUCCACGCCAUCGCUUGGAAUUGGUCCAUCGUUGGUCUAUUCAUCGGAUUCGCCCUCUGUCUUUUCCUCAUGUACAGCUUGGUACCGCUGAUGCUGUCGCUGUCGUCGGCCACCGCACUCAAUAUGUCCCUGCUCACGGCUGACGUGUACGGCGUCCUGGCCGGGGUGUUCCUCUUUGGCGACCAGCUUACGGCCCUCUACGGGGUGGCCUUCUUCCUGGUGCUGAUGGGCCUGAUUAUGUUCGAGUGGCACCCACCGGUGACUGCGGCCCUUCGACCGUGGCUUGGAUUCUGGGGCUGGGACAACGCCUCGAGCAAGGUCGAUCUGCCAGCCAACUACCAACCGGCCUACUUCUGCUGAACAGAUACGUAUGCCCGGAAGAAAAGAUCAAAAAGGAACAUCAUCCGUGUGCUCCACGUGCUCCGUGUGUGUGUGUGUGUGUUUGCUUCUCC